UUCACUCUGUAUAUGUGGAGAGACGGUUUUCACACGUUCGGGAGACGAUUUUUUCCGCCACUGUCGCCGAACUGUCUGGCGUAACUAGCGACAGAGACGACGCACGCAGCACUUUGUCUCUGUUACUCGCAUGCAUCUAGUGUCUAUUAUUAAAAGGCGGCAAGGCGCUUAGUUUUGAACUAGCCGCUGAUCGUUCGAAAUCAGGAUUGAGAAAACGGUGUGAUCUUUUCCAAAAAAAAGCUUUUUUCAGUUUAAGUCAGUUUUCGAUCAACAAAGUGAAAAUUUCGGUGUUUUUUUUUUUAAUUGCGCUGGCAGGUUUAGUGAGCACGAAGUGGUCAAAAAGAAUCUAAAUCUAUUGCAGUUUCUGCUUUGCCAACAAGACCAAAAUGUCGGUUAACAUUGGGACUACAUCUUUUUUGGCCGUUUCCUUGGCCGUACUCACCUUGACUUGCUCAAAUACUUUUCAUAUGUCAUGUGUAAGUGCAGCACCCAAUGUAAGCGAACGACCUUCUGCAACUGUGGACAGUUUUUUGACUGCAUAUUACGACGACAUUUUGAGUAAAACGCUGAGUAAAAGAGCCAGCGAUGACGACACUGUAUUGAAGCAGCUGAAAAGUGAUGAUGAUGAUGAUGAGGAGGAGGAAGUGGUGGAUUUGAAGGACCAAAUGAUGGGCGAUCAGCCCCAGAUGGAAGAAACUGUGAACGGAGGCAGCAAUAGCAGUGAGGAUAUAGUGAGCGCAAGAGAUAGAACUAAGAGGAAUCUGGAGGACAGAUUGCGCAAAGAAAGCUGGAUGGAAUACCUGAAGUCGCAGAUUUUCUCUCAACUGCGUCGCAAAAAUUCAACAGCGUUCACAAAACCGCCCGAAGAAGACACCCUGACUGAUUUCAAUCUCACCCAAAUCAUCCCCAAGCUCUUGAAUACCACCAUUCUGGACGAUGAUCUGAUCACUGAAAAAAUCCGAAGCUUCUAUCCGCUAUGUGAAACUCCUGCUGAUCAAGACCAGUGGCGGGAAUCUGAUGAUGUGAUGAAUCUUUUCUUCAACUUGGACUACAAUACGGAUAACAAGAACAGCAACAUUGCCUCCGCUACGUUACGGCUCUAUCGGCUUCCUCAGAACAUCACCAAUCGAUCAGACGCAGGUGCAAAGGACGAUUGCAAAAACAACGAGAGCGUCGAAGAGGAGCGAUUGCUGCGGGUGUCUGCUUAUUGGUAUGCGAAGCUGCAGAAGAAGCGAAGAGUUAAGCGUCGUUUAUCCGAUAGUAAAGUGGUGCCAGAAACAUCGCGCUGGGUGGAAUUGAGCGUGAAACCAGCCACGAAAUCCUGGACAAAAGCCGGUGGCAGAAUGUUGGGUCUGGGCAUUUUGGUCGAAGAUCAAGAGGGCAAACCGCUCCGAGCCGACAAGUACUUCAAAGGACCAUCAUGCACGGUCGGCGUUUGUUUGGCAAAAAUUCGAGUUGCCUAAAAACUGAUUUAGAAAGAAAAAACUUUUAGUUCCAAUUUUUUUUUGGUGGUGUUAUUAAAGCUGCAGCAUCAGCGACAAAAUUUUCUUGAAAAAUAAAAAUUAUGACAAAGUUUACCAAAACAAAAAGAACGCUUCAGAUAAGCUUCGCCUGCGAGAGAUUCUAAAUGGUAAAAAUAGCAGGUUUGAUUUGUUUAGCCCACCUAAUUAUUGCAGUCUUAGCUUGCAAUAAAAAUCGGUUCAAUUCAACGGUUGUUGAAUGUACAGGGCAAUAGUUUUUUGCGUCCUCUUUUGUCAUGUUCCACUGGAGUUUAACGAAAUUUUAUUAGAUCUUCUGUUUGUUUCAGAAUAGUUUUUGUCUCUUUUUUUUGUUUUAUUCCAGUUAAUAGCAAAAUCGUUAAAUAAUGCUAUGCAAUUUUCGAAGGACUAGAAGAGUGUUAAACAAGUUUGUUUUUGGUUUUUUUGGUAGAAGUUUGUUGUUUGCCGUGAACAAAAAUCGGAGACGCUUUUAAUCGAUGGCUGUGCUUCGUCCAAAUUUGAAAAACAUAUCUGAAAAAUAGCUAAAAGUCGAGUCAUGUCCUCGGGAACUGUUGACUCAAAGGUGGGAAUUCCUCCAUCAAAAAACAUCUCUUUAAAACAGUCCAAAGAUUGGACCAGCAAAAAACUUCUAUUUCAUCUCUCUAACAUCUAAAAAACAGACUUAUGUUUUUAAGUCCUAUAAUCUCCUUCAUGUUCCCGAUUAAAAUUUGAAUCACUCUGUAAAACAUAUGCAUACUAUUUUGAGCGAAAUGUUCGCUUUUCGUCAUCAAUCAAUUGAGAGCGCCGUUCUUUCCCUAAAAUAUAAUUUACACCUUACCGCUGUCGCUUCUUAUAUUGAACACUCGCGUACGUAUUGAUCUAAAACCAAGUAAUUAAUUUAUAGUUAUUAAGAGUAUUCUUAGGACCAUUCAUAGCUGUUAGAGUAUAAUUAAGACAUAUCACUUAAGUAUAUAUUUAAAUGUUACAAACCAAAUAUGAAUAUCGAAAUUAUGUAACUCCGAAAAAUUGUUUGUAGUUAGUAGACACUCGAACGUACAUGUAUAGGAAUUUAAGUGUAUAUAAAAGCAGUGUAUAUACAAAUGUGGAACGGAAAAAGUCGCUAAGUACAGUUUUCUCGAUGCGUUUAAAGUGGGGAAUUUCUACUCUACAACGAUAAUUAUCCAUUUUCUAGUAUAGUCGAAAAUCACUAUUUAAACCAGCUUUUAGCUCACAUACUAGACAAAUAGGGCAUAUUCAGCUGCUUUUGCCAAUGUUGUUGAUUUUUGUUCUACCUAACUUGUUCCUGAAUUAUGUAUACGUACUUAAUUAAAUUUAGAUUUUCAUUAGAGUAACAACAGAUAAGUUUACUUAUUUAGCUUAGGCUUUAAUAGAUCAACCAAUUUGUAAAUAUUGUACAAUUAUGAAUAAAGUAAUUAAACACA